AUGAAACAUCUCCAAGGAGAGAAGAAAAAAAAUCUCUCCCCAAUUUACCCCCAACCCCAGCUUUGAACAUUUUCCCAAAAUGACCCUAAAUGCAGAUAUUAGCUGAUACCAGAAGAACUUCUUAAAGAUUACAACCUCCAUCCUUUCUUUAUAUAUCUUUUUCCUCCUUUACUCUGCCCCAAAACACACCUUCUAUGCACCAGGAGGAUAGUUGGUCCUUGAUAAAAAAAAAAAAAACCCAGCCUCAAGCUCUCUCCAAACUCAUUAGCACUUUGGGAACUGGAAGCAGCCACUGAAACCCGAUUAAACUCCUUCCAAAGCAGAACAAUUCAAGACAGGUAUCAGCUAAAGAGCAGACAGAGCAGGAGCAACAGGGUCUGCAUCUUGUCCUUGUGGUCCACGGGAAGCAUGUCCAUAACCAAAGCCUGGAACAGCUCAUCAGUGACCAUGUUCAUCCUCCUGGGAUUCACAGACCAUCCAGAACUCCAGGCCCUCCUCUUUGUGACCUUCCUGGGCAUCUAUCUUACGACCCUGGCCUGGAACCUGGCCCUCAUUUUUCUGAUCAGAGGUGACACCCAUCUGCACACACCCAUGUACUUCUUCCUAAGCAACUUAUCUUUCAUUGACAUCUGCUACUCUUCUGCUGUGGCUCCCAAGAUGCUCACUGACUUCUUCUGGGAGCAGAAGACCAUAUCAUUUGUGGGCUGUGCUGCUCAGUUUUUUUUCUUUGUCGGCAUGGGUCUGUCUGAGUGCCUCCUCCUGACUGCUAUGGCAUAUGACCGAUAUGCAGCCAUCUCCAGCCCCCUUCUCUACCCCACUAUCAUGACCCAGGGCCUCUGUACACGCAUGGUGGUUGGGGCAUAUGUUGGUGGCUUCCUGAGCUCCCUGAUCCAGGCCAUCUCCAUAUUUAGGCUUCACUUUUGCGGACCCAACAUCAUCAACCACUUCUUCUGCGACCUCCCACCAGUCCUGGCUCUGUCUUGCUCUGAAACCUUCCUCAGUCAAGUGGUGAAUUUCCUCGUGGUGGUCACUGUGGGAGGAACAUCGUUCCUCCAACUCCUUAUCUCCUAUGGUUACAUAGUGUCUGCUGUCCUGAAGAUCCCUUCAGCAGAGGGCCGAUGGAAAGCCUGCAACACGUGUGCCUCGCAUCUGAUGGUGGUGACUCUGCUGUUUGGGACAGCCCUUUUCAUGUACUUGCGACCCAGCUCCAGCUACGCGCUAGGCAGGGACAAGGUGGUGUCUGUGCUUUAUUCACUGGUGAUCCCCAUGCUGAACCCUCUCAUUUACAGUUUGAGGAACAAAGAGAUCAAGGAUGCCCUGUGGAAGGUGUUGGAAAGGAAGAAAGUGUUUCCUUAGGUCAUGCGUAGAAACUUGUUUAUCCAAACUGCUGGAGAAUUAAACGAUCUAAGCCUUCACCUCCA